CCUGAUCGUGUCCAAGGGGAGCCCGCCACCCUCAACUGCAAGGCGGAGGGGCGGCCCAGCCCCACGGUGGAGUGGUACAAGGACGGGGAGCGUGUGGAAACGGACAAAGAUGACCCGCGGUCUCACCGCAUGCUCCUUCCCAGCGGCUCCCUCUUUUUCCUACGUAUCGUCCACGGACGACGCUCCAAACCGGAUGAGGGCUCCUACGUCUGCGUCGCCCGCAACUACCUYGGAGAAGCUGUCAGCCGCAAUGCAUCCCUGGAAGUAGCAUGUAAGUCAACAAUUACAUACAUGUUCAUAUUUUUCUCAGUCGUCCUCUUAGGUUCUUUAUGUUGCUCUCCAUGUUUUUACGGGUUGAAUGAUUUUCCAUACCAACCUUACUGAUGAAAAAGGCAGA